AUGGAACACGCAAAGCACACCGCUACCCCAACCAGCCAGACCAGCUUGAUGUGUCAAACGCAGGGUGUGUUCACUCACACUUCUGUGGGAGCAGUGGCUGAGACGGACAACACCGAAUGCCGCGUUGCCCUUACACCUGCCACCACCAAGGAGCUCAAGCAAAACGGCCAUACGGUUUAUUUCCAGCAAGGCUUUGCAAAUCGUGCAGGCUUUACAGAUGAGCAGUACAAGGAGGCGGGGGCUGUGCCGUGCAGCUCCGCUGAGGAGGUCUAUAAGAAAUCCGGCAUAAUCCUCAAGGUGAAGCCACCUCAGGACAUGGAGCUGAAGCAAAUCAAGUCCCAGCAGGUUGUCUUCUGUUUCAUGACAGCCACCGGAUGCUCGAAGAAGCAGCAGCAGCUUCUGCAUUCGAUGACGGAGCGCAAAGCGACGGUCGUCUCCUACAACACUCUCAUGAGCUCCACGCCAUCCACGACCAACGAUAAGUGUACCAAACCCGUGCACAACACAAUGGCUGAGAUGACUGGAUACUUGGCUGUUCAGCAGGCAAUGAAGCUCAUGGAAAGCAGUGGUAAGGGCACCCUUUUUGGCCAGGUAACAGGAACACCGGGCGCAAAUGUGCUGGUCUUGGGGGCAGGGCCAGCUGGUAAGCGGGCUGCCGCUAUGGCGGCUGCAGCUGGAGCAACCGUCACUGUUAUGGAUACGGACACUGAGGCUAUGCGUUCCGUCUCGGAAAAAACUCCGAGCAUUAAGACUGUGCAGUACACCCAGCAGAAUCUGGAGAAGAUCAUGCCGACGGUAGACGCGGUUCUUGGGUGCGUUAUUCCCUCUACCGGGAAAGCUCCCACUCUUGUGUCUGAGCAGCAGAUGAAGAUGAUGCAACGCGGUGGGGUUGCCGUUGACGCAGCUGCCUCAAUGGGAGGAAACUUUGCAACCACCAAACCCACAACCAUCCAAAACCCCGCAUACAGCUGGAACGGCAUCACGAUGUACACAGCCACAGACAUUACCUGUCUGGCUCCCCACACCGCCUCUAAGGUUAUUUCUCAGUCCGCCCUCGCCUCCGUGCUCCAAGUGGCCAACAAGGGCUGGAAGAAGGCCGUCAUGGAAUCUGUUGGCCUUCAGGAGGGUGUCACCAUUGCUGAGGGCUCUGUGACCAACACCGCCAUCGCAACCCACAGCCAGACCAAAUUUACCCCCAUUGAACAAGUCCUGGAAAGUGAAAUUCAAAAGGUUUCAGACAAGCAGCAAAACAUCUCGAGUCUCAAGCAGCAGCUGACCACCUUCCGUAUUCAGCAGGGACCCUCCUUUACCAUCGAAGCCUAG